UCAAUACUUGAUUUGAACGAAGAGUCGUCCCCAGUUAGUUUACAACAUAGACAGAAAGCUAUGAAGUCAGAAAUCAAUGUCGCUGUGUGUUUAGGCAUACUGCUUUUCUAUGCAUUCGCCAUACACGAACUAUUCGCCCAAAAGUCGUGUACACUACCAAAGUCUAAGUUUUGUACCCGACAAAUGAGCAUUUCUGAUAACUACGCCUUGGUCAAGAUACCCAAACCUUUCCUCUGUGACGCUAAAACUGAAGGGGGAGGGUGGAUCGUUAUACAGAGACGGGUCCAUAAAGACACCAACUUCCAAAGAAACUGGGAAGACUACAAGAACGGCUUCGGAUCUCCUUGUACUGAAGACUACUGGCUGGGUAAUGAGAGAGUUCAUCAGUUGACCUCUCAGGGUCAGUACGAACUGAGAAUUGAUAUGACCUUUAAAGGACAAAACUAUUACGCCUCCUCCAGUAGUUUUAAGGUCGAUAACGAAACGAGCCAGUACAGGCUGACUUUAGGCGAAUUUCAAGGCAAUGUACCCAAUGAUCUUGACAGCCACAACAAUAUGAUGUUUAGCACCCCUGACAGAGACAAUGACAUGGCACCUAUAAGUCACUGUGCACAGAGCUAUCGUGCAGGCUGGUGGUACAAUUAUUGCCACAAAGUGAAUCUGAAUGGUCAAUUUGGGAACAACGUAUUAGGGUUUGGUGUCAUCUGGGAGCAUCUAACAACGGACUAUGAGUCGCUUUCGUCUGUUGAAAUGAAGAUAAGGAAGAUAAACUAAGCUUUGGGAAUCCUAUUGAUUAUUUUUUUUUUAAUUAAAGCAUUUUAGAUUAACUAAAAAUUGCAUGUAUUCUCAAUUGUUAAAUUAAGCCAACGAUAUAAAAUAAAUUACUAGGCACAUGGAAUUCUAUUGAUAAUUUUAGAUAAACUAAAAAUUAACUG